AUGGCUUGUUGUCUGAAGGACGAGCUCCUGUGUUCAAUUUGCCUGAGUAUUUACCAAGACCCAGUAAGUUUCGGGUGCGAGCAUUACUUCUGUCGAAAGUGUAUCACGGAACACUGGAGCCGACAGGAGCACCACGGCGUCCGCGACUGCCCAGAGUGCCGCCGAACCUUUGCCGACCCGUUGCUCUCUCCCAGCCUGAAGCUGUCUAACAUCGUGGAGAGAUACUCCGCUUUCCCGUUGGACGCCAUCCUUAACGCACAGCGGAGCCCCUACCCCUGCAAGGACCACGAGAAGGUGAAGCUCUUCUGCCUGAGCGACAAGAGCCUCGUGUGCUUCUUCUGUGACGAACCCGCGCUGCAUGAGCAGCACCAGGUCACCACGGUGGACGAGGCCUUCGAAGAAAUACAGAGGGAGAUGAAGGAACAGCUGGCCAGCCUCCAGGACAGUGAGGUGGGACACACAGAAGCCUUGCAGCUGCUCCAGAGACAACUCACAGAGACCAAGCUGUCAGCGAAGAGCCUGCGGGCGACGAUUGGCGAGGCGUUCGAGCGGCUGCACCGCUUCCUGCGGGAGCGGCAGAAGAGCAUGCUGGAGGAGCUGGAGGCGGACACGGUGCGCACGCUCGCCGACAUCGAGCACAAGAUCCAGCGCUACAGCCAGCAGCUGCGCGACGUCAAGGAGGGCAUCCAGAUCCUGCAGGAGCGCCUCAACGAGUCCGGCCGCCACGACUUCCUGGAGGGCGUCGCCCUCACCUCCGAGAGAAUAAAAGGGAAAAUUCAUGAGACCAACCUCACCUAUGAAGACUUCCCCACCUCCAAGUACAUGGGACCCCUGCAGUACAAUAUCUGGAAGUCUCUGUUCCAGGACAUAACCCCAGUGCCUGCCUCCCUGACGCUGGACCCGCUGACGGCCCACCAGCGCCUCAUCCUGUCGGACGACUGCACCAUCGUGGCGUACGGGAACCUGCACCCGCAGCCGCUGCAGGACUCGCCGCGCCGCUUCGACGUGGAGGUGUCGGUGCUGGGGGCCGAGGGCUUCGGCGGCGGCGUGCACUACUGGGAGGUGAUGGUGUCGGAGAAGACCCAGUGGAUGAUGGGCGUGGCCAGCGAGACGGUGGCCCGCAAGGGCAGCAUCCAGAUCCAGCCCAGCCGCGGCUUCUACUGCAUCGUCAUGCACGACGGCAACCAGUACAGCGCCUGCACCGAGCCCUGGACCCGCCUCAACGUCAAGAGCAAGCUGGAGAAGGUGGGCGUGUACCUGGACUACCCCCGAGGCCUGCUGGUCUUCUACAAUGCCGACGACAUGUCCUGGCUGUACACCUACAGGGAGCGCUUCCCCGCCAGGCUCUACCCCUACUUCAGCCCGGGACAGAGCCAUGCCAACGGAAAGAACGUUCAGCCCCUGAGGAUCAACACCGUGCGCCUAUAGAGACCCCCGGGAACGGCCGCCACUCAGGGGCUGAGCGGCGUUCCCCUACGCAAAGAAACAACGGCGGGAAAGGCAGUAGAUGGGACUCAGGUGUGGGAGAGGCUGGGUGAGGUGCAUUGUGGGAGCUGGCUCUGUUUAAUGUCUGUGUGAGGGGUCGGGGUGCUCAUUGCACUGUGUGCUUUUAACCGUCCUGGUGUGUGAAUGCUGUACUGGUCUGACCCGCACACGUAUCUCGGCCUUAACUGGGACCUGAACAUCACCCCAGUGUGCUAAGGCCGACCCCCGACAUCUGUCACUCACUCAUGCAUCCUCUGUCCUCCUCAAUCAUCCCGCUUUACAUGCUGGUCUUUUUCUGUGUGGAAGGGGUGUUGGCAGGUUUGUGGUUCAGUACAUGUUGGAUUCACUGCUCUUGGCUUGCUGGUCCAGUUUGUGUUUAUCCUUCAGGAACUGCGCGGUGUGAGAUACCUUCCUGCUGCCGUCUCCUGUUCAGGCAUCUAGCUGUUGGGACCAUGGACUCCUGCUCUUGAUGUUUGUGAAUCAGGCUUUAUGCUUUUGUCAUCGGGCUUGAUUUUUCUUUUGUGAUAUACCCUUUUUUAAUGAUUCUUUAAACUUAAUUUGCUGAACAUACGGUAUUUUUGCAUUUUAGUUUGUGUUUAAUGACUUUUCUCCCAGUUCGGAUUGGUCAAUUGCAUACAGUCACCUGCAUGUCGCCCUGUGGCCGAUUCAGGAGCGCACACAAGCGCUCUCUCUCUUCUCCAAAGCGCUUCAUGUUGCCAGCUGCUUCUUUUCACACCGCAGCCCACACGUCAAUACACAGACACGAGUCAGAGAAAGGCACUUCAUGCACAGCUUUAGCAAGCAGACCCCUGGGGUCCGCCAGAGGGGUCGCUAGAGAGCGAUGGGAGCACAAAUCCCGGCUGACUGAACCCUUGCUCACCCUGGGCGAUGCGUUGGCCCUGCAGGGAUACUGGCUGCUCUGCUCAGCAUUCAAUCCCAAACCCAUCCAUACUCUUGAACAGCACUUUAUCAGGGUGAAACACCCACCGUUAGUCCCUCCCCCUUUCAUGUGUGGUGGAGUUAAUGGCCCCGUCCACCUCAUUAAUAAUGUUCCAGUGUCUGGGUGUGAUGAGCUCAGGAGGCAGCAGCUGAUGUUACUGCACCUUCCAUUGUUAAAGCUCAUUUAUAAACAGGUAUGGCAGACUUCCACAGCCUUUCUGCCUGGACAGAGUAACACCAAGCCUCAAAAGCAGGUAGAGCAAUUAUGCGAUGGCAUUUGGAGAGAUCAAAGUGGCUUCUGAAUUUCCACUGGAAGAUAUCAUUAUUUUCAGGAAAAGUAUCUACUGGAAGCUCUGCUCAGAGAAUGCAGUUCUGACAUGUCUGUGUCUCUCUGUACAAUCUCUUAGUCUCUUCCGCCACCUACAGCAGCGCGAGCAUUUUGAUCUGCUGUGUCAUUACGUGGCCGUGUAUAUUUUCCAGUGUUCUUCGUCUGUUUAUUUCUUAUUACCGAAAUCUUUACAGUGUGCUUUCAAUCUCUUUACUGAGGCAAAGCCCUUCCAGACUGAAAAACCGAAUCAUUUCUUCAUUAGUUUCUCAAUCUGUAAGUGCUACCAUUUUGAUUGUUUCCGAACAGUUGAAAACUCUGGACAGUUUUUGCUGGAAGAAUCUCAGGUGGUCUCAGAAUUCUGGUGGAUGUUUGCUUGGACGUGUUGAAACCUGCCUUCGAACAUGCCAAAUGAAUCCACCUGAAGACCGGCAGCCAUCGCUGUAGUGUUUGUUCUGGGAGUGGAGUUUAGGGUCUGGAAAUUGGGUGGUGUGGUGGAGGGGGGCUGUUCCGUGAGCUGCCGUCUGUCCCACAAUCCCCUGUGGUUUUCACCCCAUGAUGUCCUGUCCUAUACAUUGUGCAGUGUCCCAUUCUGGUCUCAUGUCCAUCCUGAAACUUCUGUCAUUCUGUCGACAGCAUCAAUUGGGGUUGGUGAUGAUGGUGAAUGGUGUUGGAGGUGGUGGCGGUGGUGGUGAUGGUGGUAAUGACAGAGACUGUGUUUGUGGAUGUGCUGUUGUGAGAAUGCUAUCUGUUGUGAUGUUACAGUUAUGAGAAAAGAUUAAUGGCCAAAUAAAAUAAUGCCUCCACUGA